AUGACCGAACACGCCAUGGCUCCCAACUACAACAACAUACAUCCUAGGCAGCAAAGUCGCUUAAGAGAACAGCCAUCAUCGAGGAACGCUCAGGGUCUUUUUUCUCCCGAUGCUUGCCUCUUCAUUGGAAAUCUUUGCUCAAAGACCAAUAAAGAGCAACAGGAAAGAGAGAUAGAAUCAGUUUUCGCCGUGUAUGGGCCUUGCUACGCGAAGGUCAAGAUCGAUAAAGGAUCAGCCUUACAUGGGGCCUUUGUACAGUUUGAGAAAGUAGAAGAUGCCCAAAAAGUCCUUCACCGUGACGCUCAAGGUCACCCUAUCAAUUUGAACGGGCGCAAUCUGAGAGUUGAGCGAGCCAAAGGACAACGAACCGCACGCCUAUCCCUUCGAUCCGGUGCUCAUAUCACUGAAGAGGAAGCCAGGCAAGUUCUAGAGCCGUCUGGUCCUCUUGAGGGAAUGUGCCUCGAUAAAAUCCCACUGCUGUCCAGUGACAGCACUGCGACUUGUCUAGCUACAUUCGCAUUUGUUGAGGAUUACAACGACGCGAUAAAGGAUUUCUUAAGAGAUUCCAAAUAUGUUUUAGAGAAGACCAAGUACAAGGGAAACCCAUUUGCCAACGGCGGUAAACCGGGCCCAGAGCCACACGAACCUCAUACAUCCCAAGCUGCUCAUGAGCGCGGACGACACAACGGAUACGGACAUCACCGAAAUGGGCCUACUAGCUAUAGAGGCAAUCCUCGAGGAUUUGAAAGAGGAUUUCCUCGUAACCCUAGCCGACGCGGGAGUCACCAGUCCAACUCAUCUCAGGAUUAUCAGAGUCAGUAUUCGCAAGAUUUUAAUCAAUAUCCCGAGCCCUUCCAGUCAUAUAGUGCCCCAUACAAUCCAUCGGCCCUGAAUCAACCCAUGCCAUCCAGGAUGGCACCCGGAGCUCCUGUAUUUGUUCCAGGCCAAUCGAAUUGUGCUUCGUCAGCCAACACAUAUGGCAACCCUCCACUAAACAACCCACAAAACUAUCAUCCACCAAACAACACGUACAACGGCCCGCCAAACAAUGUGUACAACGGUCCUCCACUGAACAAUACAUACAACUGUCCUCCGCAAAGCAAUAUGUACAAUGGUCCCCCACCAAACCACACAUACAACGGCCCUACGCCAAAUGUCGGAAAUAACAGUGAUGUAAAUGGAUACAAUAACCAACAACAUAUGGGCCCUGGAGGCUAUAAUCCUGGAUAUUAUCAAGGUCCUUGUAUAGUCAGCACUCCGACUACAUACAACAAUCCCCCGCCGAUGUACGCCAACGGCUUUCAACAGCCUCCGCCGCCGCAAAAUGGUUAUUACCCUCAAUACAUGCCUCAGGGUGACCAAAUGAAUGGACAACAUCCCCCACAGUUUGGACAGGAGCAAUGCUACCCACAGGGCCCGGGGUAUCUCGUCCCACCACCUGGACCGAAUAUGAAUAUGCCCUACAUGGCUCAGCCGUACAACAACACCGCUCUUUCAUACCAUCCAGCACAGCCAGCACAGCCAGCAGCCCCGCCGGUGAACAAUCCAACUGUGAUACAGGAGAAGACCGAUGCGCCCGAAGAGCCAGCGCAAAAUCCAGGCCCAGAGUAUGAACCUGAGCAGAAGCCAGCGGCGGCUACUACGGAUGAGCCCAAACCGAAUGGAGACAAGUCACAUGCUGAGAAUGCAUCCGAUGGAGCACUAGAUUCGGACAAAAAGGAAGAGACAAAACCUGAAGAAGUCCAAUCCAAGCCAGAGGACCCUGUGGAGUCCCCGAAUUGUCCUACCCCGAGUACAGAUGCUACAAUUCAGCCUAAACAGAACAGAAAUAACCACGACUCAGACGCCAAAGAAGGGAUUCUUACAAACGAGGAACAAUCCCCGACUGAAAAUGAGAUACCCAGCCCGCCAGAAAACCCCCCCAAUCUCUCGGGAAUCUAG